GCUUGGCGCCCUCCUCCAAGGCUUGGGGGGAAGCGCCAGGAAGCUCGUCCAGAUUCCUGCCGGGCUUUGUGUCCCACGGCGGCCGCGGACAGCCACGCGCCAGAGCGCCGCGAGAAACGCGGCUCGACGCGCUCACCGGAUGCCGGUGAUGCGCGGUCUGAUCGCGCCACAGAACACCUUCCUGGACACCAUCGCCACGCGUUUCGACGGAACCCACAGUAACUUUGUCUUGGGAAAUGCCCAGGUCCAGUCGCUCUAUCCCAUCGUCUAUUGCUCAGAUGGCUUCUGUGAACUGACCGGCUUCGCCCGUGGAGAGCUGAUGCAGAAAAGUUGCAUGUGUCAUUUCCUAUAUGGCAGCGAGACCAGUGACUGCCUCACGACACAGAUGCAGAAUGCCCUGGAUGAACGGAGGGAGUUUAAGACUGAAAUCAUCCUGUACAAGAAGGGUGGUUUCAGGUUCUGGUGCCUGCUUGACAUCGUACCCAUAAAGAAUGAGAAGAGUGAAGUGGUUCUGUUCCUGGUCUCACAGAAAGACAUCACAGAAAAUAAGAAGUACCUGGACCAUGGCAAUGAAUCUGACACUGAUGAGGAAAUCAGUUUGGAGAUCCACCCAGUCACUUGUCCUCCAGGCUUCUCGAUGGAGCGCCGUCAUAGCCGGGCUGUUCUCUACCAGCUGUCUGGACAUCUCCAAAAACAGAACAAGACCAAAAGCAAACUCAAGAUCAACAAUAGUGUUCUUGGAGCCAAUGCGAACCCGGUUCCAGAAUACAAGGUGGCAGACAUCCAGAAAUCCUGUUUCAUCCUCCUCCACUACGGCACUUUCAAGGCUGGCUGGGAUUGGCUGAUCUUGUUGGCCACCUUCUAUGUAGCCAUCACGGUUCCCUACAACGUGUGUUUCACUGCUGUGGAGAUCCGAGAGGACGGCGGCUCGGCAGCACGUAACCCUCCAAGUGUCAGCGACAUCUUGGUGGAGAUCCUCUUUAUUAUUGACAUCGUACUGAACUUUCGAACCACUUACGUGAGUACGUCUGGUCAGGUUGUGUACGAUGCCCGCUCCAUAUGCAUUCACUACGUCACAUCCUGGCUGUUUGUGGAUCUGAUCGCAGCCUUGCCCUUUGACCUACUCUAUGCCUUCAACAUCAGUGUGAACUUUGGCGUUCAUCUGCUGAAGACGGUGCGCCUACUGCGGCUGUUGCGCCUCCUACAGAAGCUGGAUCGCUACUCCCAGUACAGUGCUGUGGUCCUCACACUGCUUAUGUCCACGUUCGCCCUGCUGGCACACUGGAUGGCCUGUGUCUGGUACUUCAUAGGACGCAGUGAGAUCCAUAGCAAUAGCCCCACCUCCUGGGACGUAGGAUGGCUCCAUGAACUGGCUAAACGCUUAGGAACACCAUACUUCCUGGCACCACUGGCCUCUCUCUUGGGAGCCUCAGAUAUUCCUCAAAGUACUGGGACAGAAGGCCUCAUUAACUACAGCCAUUUGAAUGCCUCUGGGUUGGAGCCAUUGCAUGGAAUGGGGUUGCUUGGUUCUGUCCACUGGAACAGCAACAAGACAAGAGCAAGGCAGUUGAAUACCUCUGGGAUGAGUUUGAGUGGAGGUCCAUCAGUCAGGAGCUCCUAUGUGACAUCACUCUACUUUGCUCUAAGCAGUUUGACCAGCGUGGGCUUCGGUAACGUUUCAGCCAACACAGAUUCUGAAAAGAUCUUCUCCAUCUGCACCAUGCUUAUUGGAGCCUUAAUGCAUGCUGUGGUGUUUGGAAAUGUCACUGCCAUAAUCCAGAGGAUGUACUCUCGCCGAUCGCUCUACCAUACUCGUACUAAAGACCUGAAGGACUUCAUCCGGGUGCACAGACUCCCCAAGGCCCUAGAGCAGCGCAUGAUGGAAUGUUUCCAGACAACCUGGUCUGUCAACAAUGGCAUUGACGUCAGCGAGCUGCUGAAGGACUUUCCGGAUGAGUUGAGGGCUGACAUUGCCAUGCAUCUAAACAAAGAGCUGUUGCAACUGCCACUCUUUGAGUCAGCCAGCAGAGGGUGUCUGCGUUCACUCUCCCUAAUCAUCAAGACCUCUUUUUGUGCUCCUGGAGAGUUUCUCAUCAGACAAGGCGAUGCCCUCCAGGCUAUCUACUUUGUAUGCUCUGGCUCCAUGGAAGUACUGAAGGACAACACGGUGCUGGCAAUUCUUGGUAGAGGUGACCUGAUUGGCUCUGACUAUCUUACCCAGGAAGAAGUAAUCAAGACCAAUGCCUGUGUGAAGGCUUUGACAUAUUGUGACCUGCAAUACAUCAGCCUCAAAGGGCUCCGUGAGGUGCUCUGCCUCUAUCCUGACUACGCCCAGAGGUUCAUCACUGAAAUCCAGCAUGAUCUGACCUACAACCUCCGUGAAGGGCACAGCACUGAGGCAGAAUGUGAGAGCAACGGUGGUAUUGUAAAGAAGCUUCCCUCAAUCAAAGAGGAUGAGGAGGGUUCAGGGUCUGAGGAUGAGCAUUCACCUCUUCCUGCAAUGCCUCCUCUCAGCAGGAUGGGCCAUGGCCUGCGCUACCCCCUGCGCUCCGCCCUGCGCUCCCCUCUGCGUUCCCCGCUGUUACCGCCAAGACUCUUUCGGCCAGUGAGUGAUUGCAAUCAGUCCUCCAGCCUGAGGAUCCCUGUGGUCAGCUUCAGCUGCCUACAGCCAGACCUUGGGGCAAGGUUUGUGGAUGGGAUCGAGACAGGAAUCCAAAGUGGGUCAGAUGAGAAGUUUGGCUUUUCUUCCAGUGCAACUCAGAGUUUCCUGCCCAGCCACGAAUCAGAAGCUCACAAGAACGAUGACACCAUGCGGAGCAUAGUUAAGCUACAACAUGAGAUGAGCAUGCUUUCCCGUCAGAUAACAUCAGUGAGUCAAGAGCUGCAAGAAAUGACUCGUCUUCUCAAACCACUCUUCCGUACUUCCUCCGUGCUCCUGAUACCUGCUGCUGAGACUCCACCUCCCAGCAUGUCUUCAAGCGGCUAUUCCCCACCCCCACCCUUUCCAACCCAAAAUGCACCCUGUGUCUGUUCAGAGAAUCACACUCCCCAGUCUGUCCUUCCCUCUGAGCAAUUGUCCCCGCAGCCUAAAAUGAUGGAGGCAUUUGAUGUUUGCAGCAGCACAAAGAUUGACCAGAACUUACCAUCUUUAACAUCUCAAACCCUCACCUCACAUAACAUUGCAAGUCUGUCUCAUAGCGGUGCCACACUCCCGGACUGUCAUUACUCAGCUCCUCCGUCACUCAACAGUUCUCCCCCUGAUCACACCACAGUGCCACAUUCUCACUCUUCCAUCCCAUCUCUCUCCACAUUCUCCUCAUUGAACCAUCUGUCAGCACUUACACCCCUGUUGGCAGACAUAACGAGACCUGGCAGUCUGAAUCCCAGCUCAUCUCUCUUCUCAGUGUCCACUCCAGCUUCCACCCUCAACACUCUCAGCCCAAUCCCCAGACCUCUACCCAACAUCAUCUACAGAUUCCCUCACAGCCCCAACUUCAUCAUCCAUCCCUGUCCCAUCUCCACACACCGAGCAUUGGUAUCACACCCUUGGCAACAACUCCUGAACCUGCAGCAGGUGGACUGUGAUGAGUACCCUGCCCAGCUGAAUUUCAUCAGUGAAGGACAGUCCUCAGUUUGAAUAGGAAACACUGUGACACCAGCACAGGACUGACAUUCAACAGGCAUGCUGCACAGCGUACUGCAUGACAUUUGCUCAGACUUUGGCAUGGAACAUGUAAAUACAAUGAUUUUCUGUUAUGACCAUUUGCACAAGUUGUGAACAAUUACAUAAUUGGAAAUAAAGGUUUGAC